CUAAUUGAUAAAAUAUCCAUAGUCCUAUCGCGUACUUCAUGUUUUCUUAUCUACACCAAAGAUUGCGGAUAAAUGAACAUUUAGAGAGAAAAAAUGGUCAGUUCCUGUCUACUUAAAUGGGUGGCUCUCCCAUAGACGCCAAUUCGAUUGCAGCUGGUUCUGGUCUACUUAGUUGAUUAUCUUCCAUUGAAACAAGAAAACACGAGGGAGUGGGAUGUCUCGCUUCCUCUUUCGUCUGUGCUUCACGGAACUUUACGGUAACACCAACAGGUUUCCAAUGCGCCCUCCUGUGACUUGCAGGGAAAGUUUAAAGUCCCCCCGGUGAACACACAGGAGGUUGACACCUGGGACAAGUAUCGGAGAGUGAUGUCUAGCUGGUUGAAGGACGGGGAGGUGUUGAUAGGUGAGGGAAGCGGAACUGCAUCUCCAUGCAGCCGCAGACAGCGGAUCUUGUCAACGCCAGGUGGAUGUGGCAGUCUCAGGCCGGGUGGCAGGGGGGUAGGGGUGCGCGGCCAUGGAGGGUCACCUAGCUUCAAGGAAGGGGUGUCCGGGAUGGUGCAGCCAGAGACCAUGGGGAAGGCCAAAGAGCUGUUUGUUCUCUGUGAUAAAGAAGGAAAAGGCUUCAUCACAAAGAGAGAUAUGCAGAGACUGCAGGGUGAGUUACCUCUCUCCCCAGAACAGCUGGAGUCUGUUUUUGAGAGUCUGGACAGAGACAGAAACGGAUUCCUAACUCCUGUCGAGUUUAACAUGGGCCUUGCAGGGGAGUUGAUGGGGGUGGAGGAGAGCACAGAGAAAAGGCAGACAGAGAGGGAGGAAAACGAAGACCUAGGAGAACUCCGAUUUAUUCAGAUACUGACAGAGCUGGGAGCUGACAAACUCUUCAAAGAUCAGAGCGAGCUGGGUACCCUGUGGUGUGCUCUCCAGAGAGACAGACCAGAGCUGCUCUCUAUCCUGGAGGAUGUCCUGGUCCACUCUGUGUCUCAUCUACAAGACUCACUGAGGGAGAGAGACAGUUUGGAACUGGCUCUACGCAGACGGGAGAGUGACCACGACAGGGUGGUUCGGUCCAUAUACGAGGAGAUGGAGAGUCAGAACAGAGAGGAGAGAGAGAAACGACUCGCUCAGGACACUAUCAGACAGUGGGACAGAAGACAGAAGAUUGCUGAGGAGCUGAAGACGAGGGAGCAGGAACUGGAGACCACCCUGGCCAAGCAGAGAGAGCUGGAGGCUCGUAUCCAGGCGCUGGGCUAUGAGCAGGCAGACAUCAGGGUGCAGAAUCAGAAGCUCCACAGUCUGAACAUACAGCUCCAGGAGCAGCUAGAGGCCAGCCGGGAGGAGCUACAGAAAGCACUGAAACAGUUAAAGUUCCUUCAGUCAAACACUGCCCAGGAGGAGAGGAGCAGAGAGAGGACUGUGCUCAAGGUCUCCAAGAACAUGCAGAAAGAAAAAGACAGUCUGCAGAGGCAGUUGGAGUUACUGAGGGAUAUGAACAAACGUCUGAGAGAUGAGAAAGACACACAUCAGUCCCAGAAGAGGCCUCCUAAUGUCAGGAAGCCUCUGCGGAAGAAAGGCUCAGUGAUAGGGAACUACAUGCUGCAAGACAAGCCAAUCGAAAGACAGCUGAGCUCUUUCAGCCAAUCAGAGCUGGAGCUGGCUUCAGACGGGAUACCAUGUAACUCGUCCAAGAGAAGAUUCAGAGAACACAGCUGUGACGAUAAUGGACGGACUGAAGCAAUACAGGCCAGACUGACCAGCACCCACCCUCAGAGGGUAUUCAAGGUGGUCUUUUUGGGGAACUCGGGAGUGGGCAAAAGCUCCUUCAUCCACCACUACUGCAAUGGACACUUCCCCAACACACUGGGUACUACUGUGGGUGUCGACUUCCAGAUGCGUGCUGUGACACUGGGCUCCACCACCAUCGCUCUUCAGCUCUGGGAUACUGCAGGACAGGAGAGGUUCCGCAGCAUUACCCAGCAGUACUAUCGCAAGGCUGAUGGAAUCCUCACCAUGUAUGACAUCACUGACUCCGCCUCCUUCUCCGCCGUCAGAGGGUGGAUGGACCUUGUGCAGGAAAGGAUGUCUGAGGGGGCGGUCCUGAUGCUGCUGGGAAACAAAAUGGACUUAUCAGAAGAUCAGAAGAGGGAGGUUACCACCAGAGAGGGACAGCGAUUGGCUGAGCAGGACAAUGCAGUGUUCUAUGAGUGUAGUGCAAGGAGUGGAUACAACAUAGAAGAACUGAUGACACAGCUGGCAUGGUUGUUAUCGGCCCAGCAGGAUCAGCAAUGUGAGGAGACUCUCCAUCUGUCAGCUGACCACUCCUACAGAGACAACAGGAAGAGCUGUUGCAAGUAGGACAGGAACAUAGAGCUAGACAGAGGGUUUAUCUUUGUAUCUGUGCCAUAAUGGCUGUUGUGACAUCAUGGGCAGCGCCAUUGUGGACUUUCUCCAUUUUUAAAGUGGUACAUUUUCUUCUUAUUUUGUGUUUAUAAAAAGCAUUUUAUCUACACCGAACAAAAAUAUAAACUCAACAUGUAAAGUGUUGGUCUCAUGUUUCAUGAGCUGAAAUAAAAGAUCACAGAAACGUUCCAUACGCACAAAAAGCUUAUUUCUCUCAAAUGU